GCAAACGAAACUUCGCACCAUGGGAUUACAAUUUUCCAGUUUAGGGACUGACAGUGGGUCCCUAAUUAAUGCUAUAAUAGAGAACCAAAUAGAAGUUGUCCGACAGCACAUAAGCAAGGGAAUCGAUGUAAAUAAGUGUGAUGACAAAGGCAACUAUCCACUUUAUACGGCAUUCCGAUUAAAUGAUAUACCAAUAAUGGAACUCCUUUUACAAAGCGGAGCUCAUGCGACUUGGUGCGAUGCAGAUGGUACAUCUUUAUUGCAACUUGCUUUGUUGUCAGGUAGAGGGCGUGUCGUGAAACUUCUUUUAAGAAACAGAGCCGAUAUAAAUGCUCAACCAGGCAGUGUUACAUUUGAAUCAUGCAACAAUCUAACCGACUUUCUACUAAAGAGGGCACCCGACUUCAACAUUGCUAACACGAAUUUCCCCACUGUACUUCAGUUCGCGAUGUUGUUUAACACAGAUAUGGCUGUAAAGCUUUGCUUUCGUAAAGGCUUCCCUUUUGAUCCCAACGCUCGUAAUCCUGACGGUGACAAUGUGCUUAAGAAAGCGGUUGAUUCUAACAGUCUGAAAAUUGUUUGGAAACUUAUUCGCUUGGGUGCUGAUAUUAAUGCAACAAAUUCGGAGGGCUCUAUACUGUAUCAAGCUGUCAGAAAAGGAAAUUUAGAUAUGGUUCGUCUUCUUUUAGACCGCGGAGCUUCCCCAAACUUUAUAGCUUAUGGGAAAAUUCCAUUGAUAUCAGCCAUUUCUUUUGGCCAAGUACGCAUUGUACAACUUUUAUUGGAAAGAGGCGCAAAUGCCAAUGUUGAAGAUCUCAAGGGAAACACUCCACUUGAUUGGAUUUUUUAUAGAAUUCGAAAGUUUGGCGAGAAGCGUAGACGUGGAGCUGUACGUAGAAAUAUAAAUGAUCCUGCCCAUGUCGAGAUUAAAGAAAAAUAUACUAAAAUAAUAAACCUUCUUUUUAAAUAUCGUGCAAAUGUUCAUCUACAAGACGUAGCUGGAAAAACAGUGCUGCAUAGAAUUUGUAAAAAUGGAGAUCUGCAAAGUGUUCGACUUCUCUUCGAAAAGACAGUUGACAUUGACAGUUAUUGCAAUAAAAAUUGCGACUUUUGGCAUCGUCAAGACAAGGAAGUGUGUAAUAUUAUUCGGUUGCAACUUCCCAACAAAAAUGUUAUAGAAGAAAAAAAUGCGUUACACUACAAUAUAGAAAUGACAAAUUUAUUCCGACACCUUCGUGAGUUUUUCUCAGCUGUAGAAAAUGAUAUUAAUGUUAAUAUCAGAGACAAAAUGAGCAAAACUGCGCUACACUAUGCUGCUGAAAUUGGUUCUACUCAAAUCGUCAGAUGUUUGUUGACAUUUCGAGCUGAAGUGAGUUCUGUUGAUGACAGUGGCUGUUCUCCUCUUCGGAAUGCCGUAAAAUAUUAUAAUAAAAAUCCUGUACCUAUAUUUUUAGGGGCAGCGAAGCGAAUCGCAGAAAUGAUAGCGAUUCAGGAAGCAAAUGGACAAGAUGUUUAUAAGCCAGAUUUGGAGUUACUUAAUAGUGAUACGCUGCGAGAUUAUUUUGCAGAGUGUAAAGAAGAGAUUGGAAAAAUGAAGGAAAAGAAAAAAGGAUGUGAAGGGAGCUUGGUUUGUUUGUACGAUUUUUUGUCCCAGGAUAUAAGGACAUUAGGAAAAUUGGCGAAGAAUACAUUCAUGAUGUUAAGCCUGAAAUCGGAGAAGUACAAAAAGGAGUUUCCACUUUAUGGUAACCUGUUAGAGACGAGAAUAUUUUUAGCAGAAGUAAGGAAACUUUUACUACAAGUCAGUGAAUUGAGUUUCCAGCAAAUAAUAAUCCAGAAUAGGUUGCCGAAACUGCCCGUCUUUUGUAUUCAAGAAAUUUUAAACUACGCUAAGAAUAUUGACCUGUUAAAUUUUGCAGCGGCUGUAACUCCAAGCCGUGCAACUUUCGUGUGUACCUCUCACAAAUUGGAACCAACCACCAUUUCCAAAAUUUAAUUUCCAGGAGUACGAGAAUGACAAAAUACCACCGGCGAGAAAGUUUUAAUGCUUUUUAAGCCGUUUAAAUAAUAAUUAUUUGAUGUGAAUAAAACUUCGAAAUCAUUCCUUGUCAUUAAUGACAUCGUUUUUAACGUGAUAUUUUUCCCUCUGAUG